AUGCCCUGCACUAUCCACACAUCCCCCUGUUCAGACAGGGAGAGGCCAAGCUCCAGUGCAGACGCAGCCAACACCGUGGCACUGACCCACAGCCAGAUUGACCCUUUGUGGCUGGAUUUUGACCAGGCAGAGGCUGCAGCCAAGAAGGCCGGAGAAGACCUGUGGGAAGGACACUUGGUGUUCACUUUUGGAAAAUACUCUGGCCAGUCUUUCAGCUGGGGAACGAUCUGGGCAGGGUUGUGUGGCUACUGGCAGAAUUCUGCCAGAAGGGCGAAGCAGAGGAUGCUGCCCUAUGCCACAGUUCCCACUGUCACUUUUCACCUUGACAAGCGGCUGGAGAGAAUGUCCUGGAUGGCUCUGAGGUACAUGUCUCCACACAGCUCACUACUUGGGGCUGGGAGAAUUGUGCUUGAGGGGUGGCAAAAUUACUGGAGUAUCCUCCUCCUGCAGCACAGGCCCACGGUCUAG